AACAGCAAUAAGAGAGUCUGGGAGGACACACCGGGGGCUCCGCCGUUAUUACAGCCCAGGAGAUCUUUUGCAUUAAUGGGACUGUGAUACCCCCCACCACCGCCACUCUGCUCUCCAGUCUCCAUUCCUCAGCCACUGUCUUCAGGACCACAAUGGCUGGAGGGUCUCUUCACCAGAAUGCUCCUUAUCCUCCUGCACAACAGCAGCAAACCCCACAGAUGGAGACCGAGGCUUCAGAUUCAAGAAAGAGACCCCUGGAGACUCCAACUGAGGCUUCCAGCACCAAGAGGUCCAACACAGCAGGAGAAGAUGGCGAUUUGUUCCUGAAGGUUCUCAUACCAAGUUAUGCCGCUGGUUCCAUCAUCGGUAAAGGCGGCCAAACAAUUGUCCAGCUGCAGCGAGAGACGGGGGCGACCAUCAAGCUGUCCAAGUCUAAAGACUUCUACCCAGGGACAACGGAGCGCGUGUGUCUGGUGCAGGGAACCGCAGAGGCACUACUGUCUGUACAUACCUUCAUAGCAGAGAAGGUCAGAGAGGUGCCACAAGGGGCAGCCAAGACGGACCUGGGGGUGCUCAUCCCUGCCCAGAACAACAUCAGUGCCGAGCGGGCCAAACAGGCGAAACUAAUUGUCCCAAACACAACAGCGGGCCUGAUAAUUGGUAAAGGUGGAAGCACUGUUCGUAGCAUCAUGGAAGAGUCAGGAGCAUGGGUUCAGCUCUCCCAGAAACCUGCAGGACCCAAUCUCCAGGAACGAGUGGUGACAGUGAGUGGAGAGCCUAAUCAAGUUCAACAUGCUAUACGAAGCAUCAUCCACAAAGCAAGAGAAGACCCUCCUCAGGGCACAGCCCAUCUAAACAUCAGCUACAUCAACUCCCAGGGUCCUGUGGCAAACUCAAACCCUACAGGAUCCCCAUAUGCUGGAGGGACAGUAGAACCAGCCAUUGCCGCUUUCCCUACUGCACCACCAGCCCCUCCAGCCAUCUCUGGGGGAGACCUCUUGGCCAUCUCAACUGCCCUAAAUACGCUGGCCAGUUACGGUUACAGUACAGGCCUGGGAUUUAACCCCUUGGUGGGUGGUGUCCAUCCAGCAGCAGUCAGUCUUCUGGCAUCGUACACGGGUGAACCUGGUCCAGCUCUUGGGCUUGGAGGAGGAGGAAUUCUCAUGGACAAGUUGGCGGCAGAAAGUGUUGCAGGAAAAGAAACGCUAGAAAUGGCAGUGCCAGAGACAUUGGUGGGUGCCAUACUGGGCAAAGGUGGCAAAACGCUGGUGGAAUAUCAAGAGCUGACAGGAGCUCGAAUUCAAAUCUCAAAGAAAGGGGAAUUUGUUCCAGGAACAAGAAGCAGGAAAGUCACCAUCACUGGCCCACCAGGCGCUACACAAGCAGCACAGUAUCUGAUCGGGCAGAGGGUGGCAUAUGAGCAGGGCGUGCGCUCAAGCAACCCCCAAAAAGUGGGAUAGAAUGUGAUGUGGAGAGAGGCUAAUGAGUGGGGGGAGGGGGAUGAGAGUCAUAGGGACAAGCAAAGGUCACUUAUUUGUCUCUGUGGGUUGAAUAUGGACUUACAACGUCAGGGUAUUGGGAAGGACUUGACCAUGGAGCCAUAAUGUCAGGAAACAGAAGCAAAGGGGUUUUGUAAUUGUUCCUUGAAGGUUCCAUAGAUCCAUGGAUGGCGCUCAGAGGGCAACAUUUGUUAAAAACCUUAAAAUGUGAAGACAGGAACAAAAGCAAUAAGCGCAGAUUUUGCACUGGAAAGAUGAGUCCACUCACAACCCUCCUGGAACUGACACAUGAUAUUGGCUGAAAACAUGGUGGAUGCAGUAAUAUGUGAACAUAUCACAUGUCCCAGUGACAUCUCAGAACGUCAUAUGUGCCAAAACCUACAUAGAAGUAGUGCCAAAACCACGUCCUGCACUCGGUGGGAGCCCUGCACAAUGCCAAACCUGGUAGUUAGAAAUUCUCUGGGGCAAUGACUGGACAAUGUUAUCCCCUCAGCUGCUUCUGUCGUAACAUUAAAAAGGCCAAAACUGCUUUUACUGCAGAUGUGCAUUUGUUAUAGAUAUUUAAAGCAAAAGGCUCAUGAAAUCAGCGGCAAGUGAUAGAAAUAUCUCCAAAUGUUUGCUGUAUAAACUAUAAAAUAUGGAUUCUAGCAGCGUG